AUGUUUUGUUCUUUUUUUGCACGUGCAUCCAAAUCGAAUCGGAACCUAUGCACCUCAGUCAUCAAUGGAACUGGGAGGAAGCAUCGAAUCUCGGGGCCAAAUGGCUGUGCACUCACUGUCGUCGCGAGUGCCCGGAAAGAGCCCAGUGCGCUAUUUACAAGAGGACAAAUGACAGAAGACGCGAGCAACAACAGCAGCAGAAAUCAAGCAAGGGAGGAAGCCGCUCCGCCCCCAAGUCCAACGGAGGUGAUUAAGGAGAUGCCAGCUCGAGGGACCUGA